AUGUUGAGAGCUACCAGAGGAUCCUUGAGCAAGCGUUUGGCGUACGCUGUGCGUCGUAACUAUUCCUCUCACAAGGAACUUAAGUUCGGCGUUGAGGGCAGAGCCGCCCUACUGAAGGGUGUGGAAACUCUUGCUGAAGCUGUUUCGGCGACUUUGGGUCCCAAGGGUAGAAACGUUUUAAUCGAGCAGCCAUUUGGCGCUCCAAAGAUCACAAAAGAUGGUGUUACUGUGGCUAAAGCCAUCGUUUUGGAAGACAAAUUUGAGAACAUGGGUGCAAAGCUGUUGCAAGAAGUUGCUUCCAAGACUAACGAGGCUGCUGGUGAUGGUACCACGUCGGCCACUGUCUUGGGACGCGCCAUUUUCACGGAAUCUGUCAAAAACGUUGCCGCUGGUUGCAACCCUAUGGACCUAAGAAGAGGUACCCAGGCUGCUGUGGAAAAAGUGAUCUCUUUCCUCAGCGCAAACAAGAAGGAAAUCACCACCUCUGCCGAAAUUGCUCAGGUGGCCACCAUCUCUGCCAACGGAGACGCCCACGUCGGCAAGCUUUUGGCCUCCGCUAUGGAGAAGGUCGGCAAAGAAGGUGUGAUCACCAUCAAGGAGGGUAGAACCUUGGAAGACGAGUUGGAAGUGACCGAGGGUAUGAGAUUCGACCGUGGUUUCAUCUCUCCUUAUUUCAUCACCGACGCAAAGGCCAACAAAGUGGAGUUCGAGAAGCCAUUGAUGUUGCUAAGCGAAAAGAAGAUCUCUUCGAUCCAGGACAUUUUGCCCGCCUUGGAGAUCUCGAACCAGACCAGAAGACCUCUCUUGAUUGUCGCCGAAGACAUUGACGGCGAAGCCCUAGCUGCCUGUAUUUUGAAUAAGCUCAGAGGACAAGUCAAGGUGUGCGCCGUUAAAGCUCCAGGCUUUGGUGACAACAGAAAAAACACUUUAGGCGACAUUGCCAUUCUUUCUGGUGGUACAGUUUUCACCGAAGAGCUGGACUUGAAGCCCGAAAACUGCACCUUGGAACAUCUAGGUUCCUGCGAUGCCAUCACAAUUACUAAAGAGGACACUGUCAUUCUCAAUGGUAACGGCAGCAAAGACAACAUCACUGCUAGAGUGGAACAAAUCAAGAACUCCAUCGACCUAACCACAACAAACUCGUACGAAAAGGAAAAGUUGCAGGAACGUCUAGCCAAGCUUUCCGGUGGUGUCGCGGUUGUGAGAGUCGGUGGUUCCUCUGAAGUCGAGGUCAGCGAGAAGAAAGACCGUUACGACGACGCUUUGAACGCUACCAGAGCUGCCGUUGAAGAAGGUAUACUACCAGGUGGUGGUACCGCUUUGUUGAAGGCUUGCAAAGUUCUAGACGAAGUUGAGACUGAGAACUUUGACCAAAAGCUCGGUGUGGACAUUAUUAGAAAGGCUAUCACCAGACCCGCCAGAAAGAUUAUCGAAAAUGCUGGAGAAGAGGGCUCUGUUAUCGUGGGCAAGAUCAUCGACGAAUACGGGAAUGACUUUACCAAGGGUUACAACGCCGCUAAGAGUGAGUACACUGACAUGUUGGCCGCUGGUAUCAUUGACCCAUUCAAGGUCGUGAGAUCAGGUUUGGUGGACGCCUCGGGUGUUGCCUCUUUGUUGGCUACUACCGAAGUGGCCAUCGUCGACGCCCCUCAACCACCAAGCGCCGGACCCCCUGGUGGCAUGCCAGGCAUGCCCGGUAUGAUGUAA